ACCAUCAUCGGCGUGCCAGUGGUAUGAAGGAGUGGCUAAAUUUACAUUCAAAAACAGUCUCGCACGUUUAGUUAAAGAGCUGUUGUAUGCUUGUAAAAUUACUUAUAGCUACUCAUUGUGUUUUAGGUCCAGGCUCUAACUUCGGUCGACAGUUCCUUAUAUCCCUGAACGCCGACUUUGUUCCAAGUGGCGUCAAAAUAGUAAUCUACGCCAAAAAUGAUGUAACGUCAGCAGCGACGGUCAAAGUUUCGUGGCCGAAUAAUCAUGGCUCUCUAUCGCGAACAUUCACACUUCAAGUUGGGGAAAAGACUAUAUUGGGAGUAAAAGAUAUUUCGAUGUGCGGUGCUACGGAAAUGUGUGACAAAGGUACUCUCGUGGAGUCCACACAGGACGUAGCGGUCGUUGUAGCCGCCACGCCGAGCCACUACUACACGCCAGUCCUGCCCGCCGAUGCCCUCGGACUCCGCCACAUAGUCCUGACCAAUAUGAAGUACCCGAAGUCCAAAACGCUUUACUCUGUCAUGGCACUUUAUGAUUGUACCAAAGUGAAGAUUCAUGGGGAGAGUUCCGUUGACAUUUCUACAGAAAAACAAAUUAAUGCUUAUGAGAUAUUCCAGGUGAUUAAGGCAUUGGACCUGACUGGGACGCAGAUUCUGGCAGAUAAGCCCGUAGCUGUCUUCGCAGGGGACUCAGAUUCCACCUGGCAGAUUCUACCCGUCGAACAGUGGGGCCAGACCUACGUCUUUUACUCGACACAGAAAAACGUUGGAAAGAGAUACUUCAAAGUUUUGUCAGCAAAGGGCGACACGGUUUGCACGAACGUUAUGAGGAGUGGCGCCACCAUCAGCAAGCUGGGAACGAUCAUUGCUGUAUCCCAAAUCACCAAGAUGGAGUGCACAGAUGAAGUUUUGGUUGCCGAACUGAGAGGCAACCGUGAGGUGUUGGUCUCAGAAACGAGAGACACUGGUCUGAGCAUAUUGUCUCUCUUCCCUGCCACUGCGCUCUUUCUGGACAAUUUUCAGCUCGUGUUUUGGACUUUUCAAUACGCUGUCACAAUUUGCAUUCCGAGUGACACUAUCGGAAAUGUACAGGUGGAUGGGAAGUCAGAAGCCACACCCGCCAAAAUAGGAACAAUCAGUGGAUAUGAUAUAUUUUCGCUUGGAACUUUUGAGGGAAAACAUUGGUUUUCUCACCCGACAGUGAAAUUUGGUCUGACUGUUACUUUUUAUGACACAAACAGUGAGGCAAGAGAGUAUGUUUCUCAUUCGAACACAAUGAUUGGUCUUCAGAAAAAUACACUGAAAAGCGCGACGGAUAAUUUUUGUCAAGACCAAACGACGACCACAACAUCAGCAGCACCGACAUUUGGAGAGUCGGGUGGAUCCGGAGGUGGAGGUGCUUCUGUCUCCACCGCGAUUACUGUGAUGGAGGCAGACCCCCUCGUUAAGACAAAAUACCUUGCCGUUAUAUUAGGCGUGUGUGGUGGCGUUCCAUUCCUUAUCGUUGGGUGUGUUGCCUUGCAUGCCAUGAUUGCUAGUCGUCUGUCGCGAGGAAAGAAAAAGCGGACGGUGAACCCGGCGGCGGACCUCUCGGAAUAAAAUAUUGUGCUCGAUCUGUAUUUGAAAGAUUCUGGUAUGACCAACUGUGCCAGAUAAUGAGGGACUAGGAUCAGUGACCUGGGCGCGGUCGUUCAAAACAAGUGUUGUCCUAAAGGUUGGCGUUCAUUUAACUUUUGGCGUUCACUCAAUGAACUUGAGUGAAGGAGACAGCGCGAAGAUAAGUUUAACGCUAGCGUUGGUGACAAAGGUUGUUUUGGACAACUAGGCGCUGAUGACAAAUACAGACACAAAAAACGCGACUU